GGAUGUAAACUGUGUGUGUGCGUGUGUGCUGUUACUUUGAUUGCCAAGCUUUAUUCUUCUUUCUCAACAUGCCUGCAGCAAUGCACAUCACUGUGCUGGUGUCCCUGUUUGCGGUGGCUGUUUGUGGAGGCAGUUCUGCUGUAGCCAUAACAACAGAGACAACAAGUGCUGCACAACCCACCAGUCUGACUGCAAAGAAUGUCCGUUUAUUUAGUCCAACAACCACCGGCAAUACACAACCUCCUCCAACAACGACACAGCACAUUAGCACAGCAUCCGAUUCAGAAAAAGCAACAUCAUCCUCUUCCACUUCCCCGCAAACACACAACGGGACACAGGCAACACAUUUCAGUGUCACUCCUCAUCAGACUGCAACGUCAAACCAGACGUCAAACCAGACAAUAUCCCACCAAUCGACACUCCCAUCGGCAUCAGACUCACCAAACGUCACUGCAACCACCACAGCAAACACGACCAGCCCAGGCCUUCCACAGGAGUGGGAAAAAGGAGAUUUGAAUGAAAAUCCUGGCCUUGUGGCCGUCCUUUGCAUCUUCUGUAUCGUCUUUGUCCUUGUCCUGGUGGUUACCACUGUGAGAUGUAUCGGAUCAUCGAGCAACAACUUUAAGAGGCUUGAGGACGUGCCGAUGAACAAAGUGAACGAGGAGUCCCCAUUUGCUCGGUACUCAAAAUGACGGAAGACGCUCCAUCAGACGCUGGAGGAGGAGUCUGCUGUCUGCUGUACAACUCAGACGAUUCUGGACAGAAAAAAAACAUGAUUUCUCUCUUCUGCUCUCAUUACUUAACAAAGAAACUUUGUCAUCAACAGUGGAGUAUUUCUGGUCAAUCUAUGACCUUUGACCUUUUUUUUGCUGCUUGUAAUUCUGGUGAUCGAAGCAGAGUCAAGACCGUUUCAGAUACUCUUCGAUUUAAGUACAAGUGCAUGUAAAAUAUAACUUGUAGUAAGUUAUUGAUCGCCAAUAAUUAUGUAUAAAUGUCUACCAAUUGCCUUUGACGUAAACUGUAGUAGAAAUCCUAAAAUCAGUUUUGGUUAAGAAGAAAUAAACUGAUUGUUUGAGCCUAAUUCCCGCAGGAAUAGUGAGGAAAAACAACUUAAUAGAAUUUUUAUGGCUAAGAAACAUUAAAACUGCCAACCAUGGAAACCACAUUUUUAUGUGUUUGGCAAAGCUGCUAUCAUUUAUUAAUUUUAAUUCUGUAAACAUACUCUCUCUGACCAAGACACAUUCUUCCUUAUACAAUCCAGAAUAAAUAUCCAGAAUAAAAUACUAUUUUGCUAUAGUAUAUAUGCUGCAUAUUUACACUUGGUAUAAUUCCAUGCAAAACCUUGUCUCGUCUAUGUGCAUUACACACACUUGCUGUUUUUUUGACAGUUUUCAAUUAAAUAAAAGCAAUAUUCCAAAAUCACGUUUUAGUUUUUAGAUUUUUAAUAUCACUGGUUAUUGUGAUUCUUAGUUCAGAACAACAUUGUAUUUGGUCA